CUGGGCUGACACACCACUGUACAAUACACACAUACACAUAUACAGGGGACGGCACAGAUUUACUGCGUUAAACAAACUCACUUGUCGGACUUUUCCACAUUUCCACGGAUGCCAGUGCGCCCCAGUUGAAAUCCACCCGCCGGAGCAACGCAGGAUAAGCCAGGAUAACGCCAAGUGCCCCAGGAGCCCACUUCAGCCCACAUCAACAGUUUCGCAGCCCGCAGAUCAGAUCGACGUAGCCCCCAUUAAAAUGGUCAAGCUGUUCGCAUUGAGCAUCUUCCACAAGGGAGCCAGCGAGGCGCGUCUCCUGAAGACGACCGCCGACCUGCAGUCCUUCUCCUUUUUCCAACGUGGCACCGUCAACGAGUUCAUGACCUUCGCGUCCAAGACAAUUGUGGAGCGCACACAGCCGGCGUUGCGGCAAUCGGUGAAACAGGAUGCCUACAUGUGCCACGUCUAUGUGCGGGCAGACAGUCUGGCCGGUGUGCUGAUCGCCGAUCAUGAGUACCCGCAUCGCGUGGCCCACACCCUCAUCACAAAGAUCCUGGACGAUUUCACGGCCAAGGUGUCGGCGGAUCAGUGGCCCAAUGGCACGGAGGCCACCAUCUCGUUCGAUUUGCUGCCAGCGUUUCUGGCACGCUACCAGAAUCCCGUCGAGGCCGAUCCGCUGACGAAAAUGCAAAACGACCUGGACGAAACGAAGAUCAUCCUGAAGAACACCAUCGAGGCAGUGCUGGAGCGUGGCGAAAAGCUGGACGACAUGGUCAGCAAGUCGGAGAAACUGUCGCUGCAGAGCAAGGCGUUCUACAAGACGGCGAAAAAGACAAACUCCUGCUGCAGCUUCACUUAGGCAGGCGGGAGACGGCAGCCAACCAUCUCAUUCCCUACUCCUCUAAUCCUCUCAAGCAAACAGGAAACAACACCAGAUAAUGCAAAACAAAGACCACACAAAAGGAUAAAGGAUAACACCAACAAACAAACAAACAAACAACCAAACAAACCAACUGCUGGGGAGCGGCGUGGCUUGGAGUUUGAUGAUUGCUUUUUAUAAAUGAAUUAGUUAAUUUUAUAUACUAUACUUAUACUGUAACUGUAACUGUAUGAAUAGGAAGGCCAGUUGCCAGUUAUGUAAGCCCGCUAACCCCAUGUUUACUCGUCUGUGGAUCUUCGGGUCCUGUCUGUAUGUCUACGCUUUGGAUAUUUGGAUGUUAAUUGAUUAAUACCAAUACAAAUUAUGAUAUCAACCUGUGUUUACCAUAAUGUUCUCUUAUCUGUUCCGAGGGUCCGAAAUUGACUCUUCGCAACCUAUUGAUAUUGAUGUUGUGGGCUUUGUUAUCGCCUCUCCGGCGAAUCUAAAAUGUCGGGAGGCAGCACUUAUACACACGCCAUCGCACUUUCGAUCUGGGCAACUGGCAAUCCGGUCGGAAUGUGUGGGCGUUUCAAUAAAGAAGUAUUAUGGGAAUUGUGAUUCGAA